AUGAAAAACGUGUCUAGUAUCGGAACCAGCCUCGUGCUUCUUGGUAUCGUAGAGAUGGAAGGUUUUAAGUAUCUGUACUGUUCGCUCGCUGUUAUCGUAUACUUACUGAUUCUGCUGUUAAGUUUUAUGGUCGUCUUUGUGGUUUUGACGGAAGAAAGCCUCCACAAACCCAUGUACAUUCUUAUAUAUAAUCUGACUCUAAACGGAGUUUUCGGAAGCUCGUCGUUUUUCCCCAAGCUGAUAGCUGAUCUACUGACUUCAUCUAAAGUCAUCUCACGAGCUGGCUGCCUUAUUCAAGCUCUUUGUCUCUCGGUUUUCCUGUAUUUUGAAGUGUUCACUUUUACAAUCAUGGCCUACGACCAAUAUUUGGCUGUGUGCCUCCCUCUCCAAUACGUUAUGUUGAUGACAACUGUGAAGACGGUCAAACUUAUCGUAGGAUCUUCCACCUUCUCCUUCAUGGUGGUGUUGAUAGCCAUACUUUUGUCUGCCAGGCUCCCUCUUUGUGGGGUGGAAAUCAGAAACAUAUUUUGCGAUAACAUGUCUGUUUUUAUUUUAUCCUGUCUAGAUUCUACUGUUAAUAACCUCUAUGGAGGAAUUAUCACUGUAGCAUGCUUGAUUUUCACUAUGGGUAUAAUUGCUUAUUCCUACUUACAAAUAUUUAUUACGUGCUUUACAUUAAACAGAUAUUCCUACAAAAAAGCUAUAUACACAUUGGUGACCCACUUGCUCAAUUUCUUAAUCUUUAUGGUGGGAGCCAUUUUUAUUUUUGUUAGGCUCAGAAUCGGGAGCGAUAAUCUCCCUAUUUUUGGACACAUUAUUCUGUCUGGAAGCGUUGCUGUUUUUCCUCCCCUUCUCAACCCUCUCAUAUAUGGAUUAAGGACCAAUGUACUUAAAAUCAAAAUAAUGAAUCGCUUGGAGAAAUUGAGGACACUACCGUAA